AUGUCCACUAACAUUACUUGGCACGCUGGAUCAGUAUCUUUGAGUGAAAGACAAGAACUUUUGAAACAAAAGGGUUUAACUAUUUGGUUUACUGGUUUGUCAGCUUCUGGAAAAUCCACUUUGGCUACUGCUCUUGAACAAACAUUACUUCAUUCUGGUAUUGUUAGUUACAGGUUGGAUGGUGAUAAUAUUCGAUUUGGUUUGAACAAGAAUUUGGGUUUUGGUCCUGAAGACCGUACUGAAAACAUUCGUCGAAUUUCUGAAGUUGCCAAACUUUUUGCCGAUGCUACUGUAAUUACCAUUACUGCAUUCAUCAGUCCUUAUCGUCAAGAUCGUGACUCUGCUCGUCAACUUCAUAAAGAAGCUGGCAUUCCUUUUAUUGAAGUCUUUGCUGAUGCACCUUUGGAAGUAGUUGAACAACGUGAUCCCAAGGGAUUAUAUAAAAAGGCUAAGGCGGGUGAAAUCAAGGAAUUUACUGGUAUCUCUGCUCCUUAUGAAGCUCCCGAAAGUCCUGAAAUUCAUAUCAAGACGGAUCAAGUGUCUGUGGAAGAAGGUGUCCAAGCUGUCAUCAAGUACCUUGUUGAUCAAGGUUAUAUUGCUGCAGCCAAGAUCAAUCAACCACAACAACAACAAUAA